AAUCGCUAACGGCAGCAAAAAAAGAGCCGGUAAGGAUGUCUUUCGCCACCAAGAUCGAUGGGUUGCGAAAAGGUUUCGAACGAAAGUCGGGUGCUGCUCGAACGGUGCAGGAGAUGCGUGUCCUGCUUGGAAGCAUAGCCAAACAGGCAGACCGGGAAAAGGCUGCACUUUAUAUUUUCAAGGAACUGCUAGACGUCUAUAUGGAGUUGGAGGAUGAACAGCGCGAACAACGGGAUGCGUUGUUCGAAGCAUUUUCCUGUUUGAUUGAGGAGUGCCAGCAGGCAAACGAUGCCAUAAAAAAGAACUUCGUGCCACGCAUCUAUAAUGUGAUAGCUAAAAUAUGCGACAAAGAGAAUAAACGGUUAAUGACCAUUCAGUGCUGCCAUGUAAUGAAUCUAUGCCCAAUAGAUGACCAUCAGGACUUGUUUCAUCGGGUCAGUAAAGUGGCAUUAAAAGUUGUAUGCGAUCUAAAUGGUCGAAAGCCAAAAACUGGUUCUUCCGCGACGAAACAAUGUUUGUCCGAUGGAUUGGACUUCAUUUCGAACGUUACCGUGCGACUUGUGCAGCAAUGGACGCUUGCCGAGAAUCCAGAAACACGAACAAAAGCUUUGACAGUUUUCCACGAUGUAUUCAAUAACAGUACGGCCUUACUUUAUCGGCUGUUCAAUUUAGAACCAACGAAAGCUUCAAAGUUUUUCCGAUCGUUUAUUGAUGUGUUCCAAAACCAGGCACCGUUAAGUGAGAAGGAACUGUUGGAUUUAUUUCCACCAAGCAUUACUUAUUUGGAAAGUGUACUCAGCCUGGGUGAAGUUAAACAGCAAUAUUUGGAGUUUGCUGGAUUUUUGAAAAUUUUUAAUGCUAUCGAGGAAAAACCUACCGCUAUAUUUGUAAAAAUAUUACAAACAUACCUCGAGUUUCAACUCAAACCCAAGCCAGACGUACAAAAGUUAAAGUUGAUUUCAGACCAAUUACGUGAUCUGCCGGUAAGUUUCGGCUCAGAUCCGCUGUUAAUAAAUGUUGUUAUUUUUAUCGUAAUGCAAAUGAGAGUUCACCUCGAACAAAUUAAACAGCACGCCCAAGGGAUUGCGUGGCAAGUCAUUAGCUUAUGCAAAUCGUUAAUGAGGUUUGCACAGCAUUGUCCGAGCGGUAUUUCGCAAAUUUGCUCUCGCUGCAGCAACUCCGGUCGACAUGUAGUUGACUAUAUUACGUCAAUAAUUGUUCAAAAUGCCUUGAUAGUGGCAAAAGACGGAAAAGAUUUACCGCCAGAGCUGGUUGCCUAUGUUAACGGGUUACUGCGGCAACAGUUGCUCACAUUGGAGGACACCAGCUGUGAGAAAAAACAUUCCAUGCUCGACUCGGCAUUACGAUUCACGGUAAAUUGGGUGCGAAUUUGUUUACGAAGCUUCUCCAGCAAAGAACUUAUUGAGCUAGUUCGAAUAUUAAUCAAAUACAAGUAUAAGUACAAGUUCGACUUUUUAACACCUAACUAUUUGAUGAGACUGAUGGAGAGUUGUCUUAAAGACUCGCAGAGCUGCACUGAAAAUAUUGAUAUAAAAUUAGUCAGAUUGAUGCUAUCCUUACGAGAUGACGUACUCAAUAAAGAAGAAUCCAAGGAACUGGAAGAAAUUGCCUACGUUGUGGUAAAUUAUCAGAUGAAUGCUGAUGAAACAAUACGGAACAUGAAUAUUGUCGAGCUGUUGGAGCGUAGCGAUCGGGAAUUAUUUGGGUUUCCAGACGAACAAUUGACUGAUACGGAUAUAGUUACUAUACUUCUCGCCGAAAUUAGUUGGGCUUCCCGUUACAAACCGGCAAAAACGUUGGAUUACGUCAAUAUACUGUACAAGCUGAAAGCUGAUCCACUAAAAUUGGGUAUGACAAUUUUUAUGCUUCAAGAUGGUACCUUUUCCCAACUACCUGCGAAAUUCGUAGAAAAUCUCACCGUUAAAAUUCGAAAUGCCAAACUCAAAGCUCCAAUCGACCAAAUCCGACGCUAUGGCUCAUUAGCAGUGCUAAGUUAUUACGCGUACGAGUCACACUCAAAAGCUAUUGUUUCUAAAUUGAAAGGCUGUCAGCUGUACAAGGAAUCUCUGGCAAAUGAUCAGAUCAAUGAAGUUUUGCAGGAAAAUCUGAUGGACAGUGAAGCUAUAAUUCUCGAACACUUGGAGGCAACCUACAGUAAUUUUCGCCACAUGAUCACAAUAAUGGCCGAAACGUCCUUCCAGCAUUUCAAUUUAAUCUAUUCUCUCAAUCAAAUAUCUUCAAUGUUGAGCAACGUUUGUCAUUUUUACCAGAUUUGUUACCACCCUAGACGGUCGGUAGAGUUGCAGCUUCUUAGUUACGUACUCGUAAGUCAAAAAGCGGAUCGUACGCUGGAUUUAUGCCGCUCGCUAGGUUUUCUGAUCGAAAACCAUCAACUGUUUUUGCAGCUUUUACAAGAUCCACUUUACUGCAAACUAGAAUGGGUGCCUACACUGGAACAAUUGAUUGCAAAAGCAAUCGAAAUAACCGAUAACCAUGAGUCAAGCCUUUUAUCCCUUCCGGAAACCCGUCGAUACUACUUCCUUAACCUUUAUCUAGCACUCGCUUUGUACGAUGCCUUCGAAGGUAAUUUACAAAUGGCCGGUACGCGUUUGCAAAAGCUCAACCCACUUCUUCAGCAACUGUCCGCGAAAUGCUCAAACACUGUUUCCAUCAUUCGUGGACGUAUCUAUCACGUCUUGUUUCGGCUCGUGACCUACUACAGAUUGCCGGUACCACGCGGGAUACCUCCGCGGAUAUACAUCCGCAUGAUGCUGAGCCAUUUCAAUGACAUACAGAAGCUACAAACCGAUCACACCUUCGGUGUUUCCACAGCGACACUGGAAAUGACGAUCGAUACGAUGCGCUAUUUGAUUCUGCAAUACAACGCCAGAGAGCUUAUCGAACCCUAUGUGGAGCAGUUGUUGCGCUUUGUGCUGCGACGAGGAGCCGGACUGCGGGCCUUGCAGCUGUUGGCCAUGUACGUGAUUAUUAGUGCCGACAGUGAAAAGUACGAAAAGUGUCGGAUGUUGCUCACCUAUAUGGAUCGGUUGUUGAUGAUUCGCCCGCUCGGAACAGAUCGCAAGGACAAACCGCGUAGCAAAUCUAUUGAUUCCAUCGCACAGGCGUAUGAGCGAUUGGAGGUUCCAUUCAUUGAGCUCGAUGAUGAUCCUGUGGAUCAAACCAGAAAGGCCGUAAAAUACAUCAAAUCACCGUCGAAAAGAAGUCCUUCGCCCAAUCUAUUUCCCGAGUUGCAAGUAGAUGGAAGGCAAUACACAAUUCAGCACCAAUCCGGUUGUACGUGCCAGUUUUGUCGCUACCCUCAGUACAAAUGUUUGGCAUUAAUAGCUGUAGCCAGUUAUGCUCGGUUGGCAUUUUUACAGCACCGUUAUGACGACUGUCGUAAUUUAUAUCAAACAGUAGCAGAACAUUGGGACCUGAAAGGGACUUUUUACUGCAAAAGUCCUGAGUUGGUGGGAUAUCGAGAAGAAUUCACAUUGUUUCUGGCGAGAUCGUUCAUGCAUCACGGUCAGUAUCUAGCAAAGAUUGACCAGCCAAAGGAAGCACAUAGGCUGUUCGAAACAAGUAUUGACGUAUUGAACCAUAGUGAUAACAACAAGGCCGUAAUGAUCGAGGAAAUUCAAAUGAAUCUACUGUCACUUCAGGAUAUGAAGAGCCUAAACACCACGAAGGAAUCGGUUACCGAUGUACUUAGCUAUGCUGAUUUCAUGAAAGAGAAUCCCGAUUUUGAAUUAACUCCCUUGAUAGAUCUCGGCCGCAUAGAACUGAAAACACCGAAGGUUAGAACGAACAAAAUAGUUCCUAGGACCGCCUGUCGGGCAGACGAUUUGCUCAAGCAGGUCGCUCGUAAGCACCUGAAGACGUACUUAGCCAAAGAUCUCUCUCAAGAAUCUGGAAUUAUCAGCGCUAUUUCCGGGCUGUCUAUUGGCUCCGAGAAAAAAACCAAAUCAGUUAGCAUAUUCGUCGACUCUCCUCCAAAAUUGUCGAAAAAUUCUCACACAAAUUCAAUUAUUCCAAACACAAAGGAAUCCGCCGCGUCUCCUAAGAAAAGAGGACGCAAGAAAAAGCCCGAUUGGGAGACUCCUGCAGCUCCGAAGUCCACCAGGAAAAAGCGAAUCGCUCUUAGCCCCAGCGUAAAAAGUUCCUCCUCAAACGAAUCAUUCAAAGACAUUCUCGUCAAAGGAUUGGAAUGUAGCACCCCGAAGGUGACUGGACCAAACCCUGGUAGUCGGGGCAAAUGUCAAACAACCAUCAAGAAACCAAAACUAACGUCGGCCUUCCCGCGACUUAAAGCUACCGUCUUGCGCACUUCACCCAACAUGACAGAAGAGAAAGCAAAUAAUUCGUUAAACAAUUCCUAUCGUGAUGUUUUACUAAAAUCACUCCAGGAGAGCAAACGGGGAAGUGAGGUUAUUGUUUUGGAUGAUUCAACCGACCAGGAGGAUGUGGUAAACACUAGUCUGCUCGAAAAUCACUCGGUUGCCGAAAUGAACAACGGUUCACUGUCGCUUCGGAAGUACUCGGAUCGAAAGUUGCUAGCAAACGCAACUGGAAGCGGCGUCAAAUCCACAAAUCCCAAGACCAAAACGAGACUGCUGUUUGACACCUCGGAGGUGAUUGAUAUUACGACUCCCAUCUCCUCGCCGGCCGUAGACAACGGUGGCAGCGGUUGCAGUGGUAGCGGUGAAGGUUCCAUUGGUUCUAGUUCGAGUUCAGGAGUCGUGGUACGUAGACAAAGAGGUCGCCCCCCUAAGGGAACUGGCAAAACACCGGCAGCUACGCCGAAUGUGACCAGCUCAGUAACUAAUAGGCGAAGGGUAAAGAGGCAAAACACGGAUUCCUAAGGUGUGUAAUAGUUAUC